ACUGUAGGAGUGAGUUGGAAUCAAAUUUAAAUGUCAAUUAGAGCUACUUCACUCUCGAGUGCUUGCCUAAUUUUGUGCAAGCUUCAAUAAUAACAUGCGUUUAUACAAGAAAUGCCAAUUUGCCUUUGAGAAAGCUCCAAGAGGUCUUUGACAUUCGCCAUCACGUGAAGAUCGUUUUGAGUUGUACAGUGAAAUCAUUGAAGUGCCUAGUACGUUCUCACUCAUAUCCUAUGAUCCCAAGGUCAAUUGCUCUUUUUAUCAGCGGCAUUCCAUCCUAUUCAUUGACACGUUCUCUCCUCUCAGGCACAAGCACUAACCAAACUAUCAUCCUCAAAGCCAUGCACGAGGUCGGAGAUCGAAUCCUGUCUAUUCAAAGCCACGUGGUCUCGGGUUAUGUGGGUAACAAAUCGGCCACCUUUCCUCUUCAGUUAUUGGGUUUCGAGGUGGAUGCUAUAAAUUCCGUGCAGUUCUCCAACCACACUGGAUACGCCCAUGGAAUUCGCGGUCAGGUCUUGGGUGAUACAGACCUUUGGGACUUGAUCGAGGGUCUCCGAAUCAAUGAGAUCGACUCUUAUUCUCACAUCAUCAAUGGUUACAUCGGGUCGCCCUCGUUUCUCGUCAAAUUGGCAGAGGUGGUCAAGACGUUGAAGGUCAAAAAUCCGGAUCUUGUGUACGUGUGCGACCCAGUUAUGGGUGAUAUGGGCCCGGGUUUGUACGUACCUGAAACCUUGUUGCCUAUCUAUCAGAACCAGAUUCUUCCUUUGGCCGAUAUUUGCUUGCCCAAUCAAUUCGAGAUCGAGCUUCUCACCGGAAUGAAGGUCAACACCGAAUCCGAGGCCUUGGAGGCCAUGGGAAAAGUACACGAUCUUGGAGUUGGGACCGUGAUCUUGUCCAGUACUGAAUUGGCAAAGGAUCGGUUGAUUGCGAUUGCGAGUACCAGAGAUCGAGAAGAUCCCACCCGAUGCCAAAGGUACAAGAUCGAAAUCCCAAAGUUCCCUGCCGCAUUUGUUGGCACUGGAGACCUCUUCACUGCCUUGUCUACGGCUUGGCUUCGACGAAGUGGGAACGAUGUGAAGAUGUCUCUUGAGAAAACUAUUGCUACGAUGCAAGUGGUGCUAGGACGCACCCUUGAACAAGCCCAAAAAUUGGCAGGAGAGGGCAAUAAGCCCACUGCUCAUCAAAUGGAGCUGAAACUCAUUCAGAGUAAGGAGGCCAUUGAGACCCCUGUCGUUAGCAUUUCGGCCACGAAGAUCACUUAACAUGUGCAA